GGCGGUGGCCAAGUUGGGAUGGGGCGAUGAUGGUGAUGAGAUGACGAUGGCGUGUUUUGGGAUUAUAAACAUGGGAGAGAGAACAAAAUUGAACUCAUUUUCUCCUUCGCCUAAUACCCAUUAUCACUUCUUCCUUCUUCUCCUCUUCCAUCACCAUUUCCAGUUAAACACCCCCUUUUCACUUUCCUUCAUUUUCUCUCCCAUUUCUUGCUCUUUCUUCUGUUUAAUCGGUGAAUAAUCGGGAUUCUCGAUCUGGAGGUGUUGAUUUUUUGUUCGGAGAUGAUUUUUCUCCUGGAUUCUUUCACCCGACAGCUAAUUGGGGUGCUUACUCGUUCAGUUGGCAAUGACGAAUUGUAUGUCUUUGGAUGUCUAUUUGAAUGGAGGUCGGAAGAACUUUGCUCAUUAUGAACUUUGGAUAUCCCACAUCUGCUUGAUUUUGUUUGUGACAAACUCCAUGAGCAUGGAUGAGGGUAUGGCUAGAUCAUGGAUACAUUUGGAAGAUACAUAGCAUUGGCUUAUAUUUAGAUCUCGGAAUUGUAAUUGUUUGGUUGUUCUUCUUUCAUCAGGAUACAAAUAAGCAUCAGUAGUUAAGAAUUUAAAACCAUAGUGCUUUAAGGUAGAUGAUCGUCCAUUAGAAACCUUGGUAGAGUAAGCCUCCCUCAACACGCACUCGGAAGGAAAGAAAAUUUAUAUAUGUAAUUGAAAAAAAGAGAAGGAACCUGAGUGAAAUCCUAUUUGAAAUAUACGAGUUAGUUUCUGGAAAGAUCGACCAUGGGGUUGCCACAAGUCCCCAUCAGUGCGAAAACUGAGGAGGUACCAGCAGGCUCAUUGAGCAUGUUUCUGCAGAGCCCUCCAUGUUUUAACGAUGUGAGUUCCUGCAAUUUGACUGGAAGCUUUAAUGGAGGCUCGAGCAGGUGUGAUGAGAGUACACCGUACUCUUCCUCCGGGGAUUCCGAGAGAAACUUCUACAUGGAGCUUCCAAAUUUUCGUGGGAACUUAGCUAUGGUUGGUGGGGGAUUUGAAAAUGCUUCCAAUUAUCAUGGACCGAAAAUUGGGUCUAUGGAUGAUGGUUGCUGGCUUAACUCUAAAUGUGGACGAGAGAGCCAUAAGCCUGUUGCUAGGAUAGUGGGAUUCGUGUCGGGGGAAACUAGUUCUAGAAAGGAUGAAAAGGUAGCCGAGAUUAGGAUCAACGAACAUGAAUCCAGUGGUUCAGCAGUCAGAAAGCGGCUGUUAUCUCCACUGAGCAGCAUGCUUUUUCCAGACCAGUUUAAGGGUGACCCGUUGGACAUUGAUAGCAGAAAAACCGAUUCCUCGAUAUCUGAAAACUCAAGAACUUCUGCUGCUGUCCAUGAUUUCAAGAAAGCUCAUGUUGGAAGCAAAAAUGAUUUUACCUUGCAAACCCGAUCUCUAGCAGGCUUAUUAGAACAGAAAAAAUUGCUGUAUGACAGUGGUGUCGUGAAAUCAGUGGUUUUAAGUGUAGAAAAUAAGCACUCUCUUGCUCGGGACGACAUUUUAUCUUGUCCAGGUCAUGAUGAACUCAGUAAGUUGAGUUGCAUAAGAACCCACGACGAUUCUGGAAGUCUAUCUCCUGAGAUGGUGUCUAUGGGACCUCUUUCUCUGUCACCUCUUGGUCCAAAGAUUUCAGAGAGAAUGAAAAAUGCAGGAAGAUGCAGAAACAUCAAGAAAGAGAAUGUCGGUUAUCAUUCACUUCUUGGCGAUAUCAAAAAAUCUUAUGAAGAGGAAAUGAAAUCGUUUGAAGAUGUUCUUUUGGCGAAAGAGUUUCGACCAUCCUCCUUGGAAAGUUCCAAGAGUGCUCGUUGGAUUAUGUCUCAGGAUUCGGUCCCUACUUCCCGGAGCAUGCGCUUUGUUAGGAGUUUGAGUGGACUUUCUGUAAGGAGAUCGUUGGUUGGUUCAUUCGAGGAGUCAUUAUUAUCCGGUCGAUUCUUAUCUGGCAAACUGUGUCAGCAAAUUGAUGGUUUUCUAGCUGUUCUAAGCAUUACUGGAGGGAACUUCUCACCACAUUCCCAGAAGCUGCCAUUUUCAGUAGCAAGUGUGGAUGGAGAUCGCUACUUACUAUAUUAUGCAUCCAUUGAUCUUGCUAAAAGUUCCUUACUAAACAAGUACAGAGAUAAGAAAUCCAAACAGGUUCAGAGCAACGAUGAGUUGCAAACGGUGAAGAGCCGUCUUCGGGUUCCUAUGAAAGGGCGUGUUCAACUGGUUCUCAGCAAUCCCGAGAAGACUCCAUUGCACACGUUUCUCUGCAAUUACGAUUUGAGCGACAUGCCUGCUGGCACUAAGACCUUCUUGCGCCAGAAGGGUACUCUAGCUUCCUCCAAUUCAGCUUCUAUGCAGUCGAAAGAAGGGAAGGUCGACCACGACAAUAAAAUGGCGGAUAAUUCGACAUUACCCUCCCAAAGAGGUGAUACCGAAGUGGCUAGCAAGAACAUUACAGAAACCAAUGGAAUUAUUACUGGACACGAAGGGGACAGUGCGAAAAAUGGAAACAGACGAAGAGAAGGCUCUGAUAAUACUGGACACGAAGGGGACAGUGCGAAAAAUGGAAACAGACGAAGAGAAGGCUCUGAUAAUGGGGACGGGUCAGAGCGGUUUUUCGAUAACCAAAAGACAGAUGCUACUUCUCUAGGUGUUGAGAAUCAGUACCAGAGGGGGCCUGAUCAGAAGGAUGGCUGCUGGGUUGAUAAUUGCUGUGAAAAUGACAAGAAACUGAAGGUCAAUGAGAAUCCUGCUGGCGCUCUCCGCUACGCUCUUCACCUCCGUUUCCUUUGUCCGUUACCAAAAAAAUCUUCUAGAUCAUCUCGGAAAUCCAAAUCCGAGCCAGUCUCCGACCAAAACAAGCCUAACCUGGAUACAGAUGGUGAAAGAAAAUUCUAUCUAUACAACGACAUGCGGGUCGUCUUCCCUCAACGCCAUUCAGAUUCCGAUGAGGGCAAGUUAAAGGUGGAGUACCAUUUUCCAGAUGAUCCCAGAUACUUCAGCAUCAGCUGACAUGUUCUUCUCCCAAGCUCCAGCCAAGGCAAGGUUUGUUCUUUUCUAACAUACCCCUUAGUGUACAUAUUUACUGUGUUUUAGUCAUUUCCAUUUCAAAGAUGGCUUAACCCACUUCCCAUUACCCUCUGUAUAUUAUCUCCUCCAUGUUGAACAAAGUUCUUACCUCUCCCUUGCUCUGCCAUUGUUCCAACCAGACAACUUCAACUGGAAAAGAAAAUUAAUGAAAAUCUCUGAAGUUAUGAAUGUAAAUUUAUUAA